CAUGAUUCUUUUAUGAAAGUUAAAAUACGAUAUGUAUACGGUACACUAUUAAGGAAAGAAAUUCGAUCGUUUCCGGGUCAAAACGCGAGGGUUGACAGGUAUGCCAAUAUCGUUAACGCUAUUUUACCAUUGAUGCAGCAGAUUGAAAAUUUUCUGCGUCACAUCCGGUUACAUGGUCCUUUUUUUGUUUUCCCGUAUCCGCCAUUUCAGUUUUUGAACUUAGUUGACAUCGGCCGUUGUAGUAUAUGUGGAAUUCUGACCCUUAACUUGUAAUUUAUCUAUCAAUAGAGCCAAAUUCUCGUCUUUAACGUAACGAGAAUCAUUUUGUUUUUUCUUUAGAGGUUGUGAGUCAGUGAGUUGAUGCCCAAACGGCCAUCUGCGGAUGUCGUCUGUUUCCUAAACGUGCUCUCGGCGCUAAAGUUUUGUAUGAGUUGAAGGAUCGGUGUGUGGAUCACGGGAGGGAGAGCAGGAAAGGCCCGGUGACGCCUCGAAUUCGGAGUGCUUAUCAUGGCCGGUAAUUUUGACGCUGAGGACCGCGGCAGCUGGUACUGGGGUCGGCUAAGUCGGCAGGAGGCAGUGUCUCUAUUGCAGGGGCAGCGGCACGGCGUGUUCCUGGUGCGGGACUCCAUCACUAGCCCCGGCGACUACGUGCUCUCGGUUUCCGAGAACUCCAAGGUCUCGCAUUAUAUAAUCAACAGCAUCAGCAAUAACCGGCAGUCCGGGCCAGCAAGUCUGUCUCAUCCGAGGUUCCGUAUUGGCGACCAGGAGUUUGAUGCGCUCCCUGCUUUGCUGGAGUUCUACAAAAUCCAUUACUUGGAUACCACCACCUUAAUAGAACCCAUCAACAAGUCCAAACACACCUCCUUUAGCAACGUUGGUCCAGGUGGAGCCCCUCCACCCCGCCUGGAAGAUGAAUACGUCCGGGCACUUUUCGAUUUCCCUGGCAACGAUGAGGAGGAUCUUCCGUUUCGGAAGGGUGAUGUUCUCCGCGUUCUCGAGAAGCCAGAAGAACAGUGGUGGAACGCUCAGAACUCUGAGGGCAGAGCAGGGAUGAUCCCAGUCCCGUACGUGGAAAAGUACCGACCCGCAUCUCCGAAUGCGGCGGUUGCAUCUGGCGUACCAGCGGGCCCACCUGGAGGAGUGGGAAUGUUGGGGAACUCUGACGGCUCUGCAGCCCAGCAUGGCGCACCACUACUGGGUGAUCCCAGCCAGUAUGCCCAGCCUACCCCCCUACCCAACCUCCAGAAUGGACCUGUCUAUGCCAGGGCCAUACAGAAGAGGGUGCCCAAUGCCUAUGACAAGACUGCCCUGGCUUUAGAGGUGGGCGAUAUGGUGAAAGUGACCAAAAUUAACGUCAACGGCCAGUGGGAGGGCGAAUGUAAAGGAAAGUGUGGUCACUUUCCCUUCACGCACGUCAAACUGCUGGACCAGCACAACGCCGAGGAUGAACUCAGCUGAGAGUGGACUCACGGGUGCAAAUCGGACACUAGUUAUAGGACCCCCCCCUCUUUUCCCCCCCCGAUCCUCACGGCCACCACCUUACACCUGAUACCUCCACCAAGUACAAUUUGUCAGAGUCAGGAUAAAAAAACUACAAAGCGACAUGUUCCUGACAGCCCACCACCUCCUUCAUGGGCAUUUUGUAACAUUUCUUCCUCGCUAUCCUGUCACUCCUCACAGAACUCAGCCAUUUCCUCAUCCUGUGUUUGAGCUUGUAGAUAAUGAUUCACUCCUCAAUGACCUCCGUGUUACGCCCCGGUGGAAACCAGUACAGUCAUAAAAAACAUAAAGACGUUCCAGUAUACAGGUUAGACACAAUGGCAGGAAUGACACAGGGCUUAAGUUGACAUUGUCACAAUUUCCCCCAAAAGAUCAGUGAAGAAAGAAUGAAUGAAUGAACAAAAUGUACGCCUACGCUCAAGAUGGGUGUCCUUGAAGGUGUACAGAUUAGCCUUGGCAGAGGUCUGCACUUUACUGAAUGUCACUGGGACUGUAUGCAGCAGGUUCCUCCACCAGCCGACAGGGCGCCAACUUACAAAGAUACUGCAGCACGAUGUCCCGCCUCUUCCUGCUUUUUGAGUAGAGCCGUAACACACGCACGUGCACUAGCUAUGCCUGUCAGCUAAUGGUAGCAAUAUAGAAACUUUAGCUAUCACUGAAUAGUGUAGCCUAUCAUAACCAUGCAAUGACUCCAAAUUGUCGGUCGUUUCACCGAGACUGCUUUUGUGUAUGUGCACGUGCAACAGAAUUUACAACAAUGCGGUUUAACUUGUGAUAGUGAAACCAAUCUUUUUUUUUCGACAACUUAUUUUAGACCACUCAUUGGUAGCUUAUGCUAGCCAUUUUUUUGGUUUCAAAAUAUGGAAUUUGGAGCGAGUUGCAUACAGUCCCUUUUAAAGUACAACAGAACCCGCUUAAGUCGACAAUCAAGUCCCGGUCCCGUUGUUGUUUUUAUUACUAAAAAAAAAAAAAAGAGCACGCUUCAGUUGACGUCGGCAUAUGUCGUCAUCAUGAAAUUUGAGAGCCACAGGGGUCAUUUCUAUGAAAAAUUGGUCCGUUUAUGUCAACAAUGUGUUAUGCUAUUGUUAACUUCAUCAUUAUGUCUUGUGUUUAUUUGUUUUUUUUGUUUUUUUUUGCAAAAGCAGAUUUGUGGUUCUGUCAAACCCCAAAAAAACAAAGGAAGAAGGGUGGGAGGGGCAACAGGAAAGGAACUUCCACUUAACAUUCAAAGCUUAGGCAAAAAAUAUGGUAAAAAAAAAGAUGAAAAACCAUGUCAACAAACCAGCGUAGGUUCAAAACUCCUUGAUCGUCGCACAUUCCCCUAAUGCCGCAGACCAAAGUCAACCAAUCCGAAUCAAUUUUGAUCAUUUUUUCUGUAGAACUUUGGAAAACAGAGUCUGAAGGUCUAGUUCGGGUUUCUCACAUCCUGACUUGUCGGGAGAACUUUUAAUUCCCUGUUGGCCGCAUGUGAGAUUAUAAAAAUGUCAUGAAAUGACCAAGGAAUUCUGAAGUCAGUCACUUAUUAUUUGGCUCAUUCUACUUUAAAAAAAGAUAAGCAAACUUAUCGGCGUAACAGCUUCUAACAGCCGAAUGAAAAUCCAAGCCAGUAGAGCAUGUACAGUAUUGUUUUGUAUUGCAACAUUUCAUUAGGGAUGACAUUUUUCUAAUGCACCUUUGGAAAAAUAGAAUGAUAAGGUAAAUGAUUCUUAUUUUGAAGGGGGUGAUAGACUCUCUUAAUUGCUUGAACUCCUCUUCCUCGAUUAAGCGGAUUUAUGGUGCCAUGGGAACAUCCCGAGCAGACCAAAAAGUAGUCGUUGGUCAAUAUCCAUCCUUUCCAUUUUCUAUACCAACACAGGUGACUCCUUUAUUCACAACUAAAGGUAAUUUUACGACUACAUACUCGAUUAACCCAACAUUCAUUUUUGGGGAUGUCGGAAGAAACCAAAGUACCCUGAGAAAACCCACAUUACACGGACACUGAGAUUCUACUACCCCCACUGUCCUGCCCUAAUUAAUAAGCAAUUAAAGAAUGGCCAGUAUUAACCACAAUUUCACUGCAGCAACUACCAAAAUGUAAUUUCAUUUUUGCACAUUUCCAAAAGCUUUAUUGUCAUUCAAGGGCAGACAUAAAACAAAAUUGCUGCAGCGGCUCUGUUAGAGCAGAUCAAAAAUAACUAACUCCAUUCUCCUUACAUCUCUGGCAAAAAAUCAUAAAAAUGUGCAUGCAAAUUGCUAGUUUAUGUUCACAACUGCUUAUUUUGACAUAAAUGUGUUUCACUGUACUAGUAACAGAUUCCGGGCAGUGUGGCUGUGGUCAACCUCACUCUCUAAACGUUAAGAGCCGCACUGGGUGUUGACUUAAUAAUCUUGGCCUUUAGCUUGAAGCCUCGCCCUCUCGACUCUCAUUCUGAAGGACCCUGGUUCAAACAGCAGGAGUAAUAUUCAAAUAUCAUAACCACAGAAUGAAGCCCCGUACCUCAUUUUAGCAUUCACCUUCCCAGCAGUAGUAAGGUUGUUUUUACGUGGUCAUUAGGAUUUCAUGUUAAACUUUUUUUUCAGUUAUUGUUUUAUGUAGUUUUCCUCACACCUGAUUUUGAUUGGAGAUGUAAACAAUUUUACACACUGUGUACGGCUUGCAUGUGAUGUGAUCUUCAUGUUUACUUAUUCUCGUUUUAUUUUUUAGUGACUUUUCAUUUUCAAACCGCCAGCUUUUCUUUGGCCAGUUUGAGUCCCCUUCUAAAUUGACGUCCUCUAGGUCUUACACUCUUGACCUUCCUCACUCGUAUUACACAGGCAGGACUUGGUUCAAGAUCUUUCUGUCAUCCUGUGGGUGGAAUUAGAACAAUUAUUCGAAUGUCAAUAUCAGUGUUUUUGAGAUUAGAGAUGAUUUUAAACUGAACGCACUUAACUUUUUGCAUUCACGAACAGCCUGUUUUUUUAUUGAACUCUGCUCUCCCUGACCUCAUUUCGCUUUUCCUGAUGCUGUACGUUCUGUCACGAUUGUGACAUGCAUAUAGGCCUUUUUUUUUUAGAAUGGCAUCAAAAUCAAUUUAACUGACUGACUUGUGACGCCGGAUUACCAAAUUAAGGCCAUCAAUAAGUAUUAUUAAUAUUUAUGCAAGAAGUCACACAUGCAAAAUGCCACUGGGAACUGUCAAUGUCACUUGUGUCAUUUUAUUAAAACACUAUAUUCUUUUGAGAUUGUCAUUAACUUUUCAUUUUCUGUAGCAUGUGAUGUGUUAAUAUACUAGUAAAUAAAGUAAAACCCAU